AAAAGGAUUCAAUGUGCAGAGAGCCGGCUCUGGUAAAGUGCAGCCGGCUCUGGUGAAAUGGAAUGCAGAAAGCCGGCUCUGGAAGCUGCAGCCGGCUCUGGUGAAAUGGAAUGCAGAAAGCCGGCUCUGGAAGCUGCAGCCGGCUCUGGUGAAAUGGAAUGCAGAAAGCCGGCUCUAGAAGCUGCAGCCGGCUCUACAGACAAAAAUUUGAAGACCGUUGUUUGGCGCGCGCGGAGAAAAGGCGCAAAGCCGGCUCUGGCUUUGUAGCCGGCUGUGAGGGUGCAUUUAAUGCACAACGGUCGAGUCAUUUGAAGAUUAUUAAUGUAUUUAAAGUCAGAGUUGCAAAGCCGGCUCAAAGUUUUGCA